UCACGCUUCCGCUGGAAGCUCAUAGCCUAAACGCCCAUUCAUGAAUGGAAAUAUGGAAUCCAUCCAAACUUCCUUCUUUCCCCCUUUACUACCUUCCCCGAUUCCACCACCGAAAUACCAAUGUUCGUCCAAACCACGCAAGCUCUCCGUUAUCCACGCCGCUGCCCAACCACCGAGGUCUUGGACUCUGAGCGAUGGAAACGCCGGCGGCAGCCAGCGAAGGACCAGGAAGGCGCCUCCCAACUUCCAUCCUCGUAAGCCGCUAUCUGACGACGAUGCUCGCCGCAUCAUCCACGAGAAGGCACAGUACCUCCGGCGUUUGCGUCGGAAUCAAGGGUCCCUCGCUGAGAUGCCUCGGUGGAUUCGCCGGACGCCGGAGCAGAUGGCGCGGAUGGUAGAGGAUGGUCGGCUGGAGGGGCAGGCGCAUGGACGGCACGUGCUGGCGGCAAUCCAGGCGGUGAGGUCGCUGGCCGGGAGGCCGGAGGGUUCCUACGACAUGAGGGAAGUGAUGAGGUCGUUUGUUGCUAAGCUUACAUUUCGGGAGAUGUGCGUGGUGCUCAGGGAGCAGAGAGGGUGGCGCCAGGCUCGGGAUUUCUUUGCCUGGAUGAAAUUGCAGUUAUGCUACAAACCUAGUGUUAUUGUGUACACUAUCCUUCUUAGAACAUAUGGCCAAGUUGGAAAGAUUAGACUUGCCGAAAAGAUAUUUUUGGAGAUGCUCGAAGCUGGCUGUGAGCCAGAUGAAGUUGCUUGUGGUACGAUGCUCUGUGCUUAUGCUAGGUGGGGCAGACAAAAACCUAUGAUGACAUUUUAUUCUGCAGUGCGCAGGCGAGAUAUCUUACCUUCUAUUGCAGUUUUUAAUUUCAUGAUGUCCUCUUUCCAUAAGCAAAAAAUUCAUAUAUCGGUUAUCUACUUAUGGAAGCAGAUUUUGGAAGCUGGACUAGAACCAAAUGGUUUUACUUAUACUCUUACAAUAUGUUCAUUUGUAAAGAAAAACCUUCUCGAUGAUGCUCUUGGUGCAUUUAGAAAAAUGAAAAAAGCUGGUUUCAUCCCUGAGGAGUCAACUUAUAGCCUUUUGAUCAUCGUAACUGCUAAACAUGACAGAGAUGAUGAGGCACUAAGACUUUAUGAAGAAAUGAAACCUCAAGGCAUUAUUCCAAGUGUCUAUACUUUGGCUUCAGUUCUGGCGCUGCAUUACAAAAAUGAUGAUUACUCUAAAGCUCUCUCUAUGUUUUCAGAAAUGGAGAGGAAUAAAAUUGUCCCUGAUGAAGUAAUAUAUGGAAUACUUGUUAGGAUAUAUGGAAAACUUGGCCUGUAUGAGGAUGCUCAGAGAACUUUUGAGGAUAUUAAAAGGCUGGGUCUUCUUACCCAUGAGAAAACAUAUGUGGCAAUGGCUCAGGUCCAUUUAAACGCUGGAAACUUUGACAAGGCUUUAGAGGUUUUGAAUCUUAUGAGGUUAAGAAAUGUUGAGUUGUCCAAAUUUGCAUAUAGUGCUUUCCUUAGGUGUUACAUUGCCAAGGAAGAUGUAGGGGCUGCUGAAUUGACAUUUCAAACUCUUUGCAGGAGUGCAUCUCCUGAUGCAAUCUGCUACAACGAAAUGCUUACAUUGUAUCUUAAAUUAGGUAUUCUAGAGAAGGCCAAAGCUUUGAUCUGUCAAAUAAGAAGAUACGAGGUGCCAUUUGACAGGGACCUUUACAGGAACGUUUUGGAAAUAUAUUGUAGAGAGCGGAUGGUGACUGAUGCCGAGCAGUUGGUGGAUCAGAUGCAGAGUUUGGGAAUGGGAAUGGAUAACCAAAGUAAGAUGCUUUUGAUUACCUUGUAUGGAGAAGUUGGGGCAUUUCAGCUUGCAGAAGACCUGCUAAAGACCUUUGAGCAACCAGAUGCUGCUGCACGUGGUGUAAUGCUUCGCUCAUAUUUGAAAAAUGGUGACAUCUGUAAGGCUGCAGAAAUGCUUAAAUCUCUUUUGGGGACAGCUAAUGGCUUGUCAAUAGCUAGUCGACUUAUGAUAAAGUUAGUUAGGGAAGGAUGUGUUGUUGAGACCAAAUGGAUAUAUGAGCGAUCAGUUGAUCUGGGUUUCAAACUUGACGAUGAAGCAAUUGCUUCUGUAAUUAAUUUGUGUGGUCAGCAUCAGAAGCUAAAAGAAGCUUUAGAAAUAUACGCAUUGGCUUGUCACUCCACUAUGAUUGAUAAAUCUAUUUAUACCUCUAUGAUUGACGCCUAUUGCAAAUGUCACAAGUUUCAUGAAGCUGAUCUUCUGUACAAGGAAAUGAUUGAGAAAGGGCAUGCUCCAGAUGCUGUUGCAAUUAGUAUUCUAGUUAAUGCUUUCAGUAAACAUGGCAUGUUUCAGAAGGCAGAAUGGUUAAUUUUUGGCAGUUUCGAUACAGCUGCUGAACUUGAUACUGUGGCCUACAAUACAUUUAUUAAGGCAAUGCUAGAUUCAGGUAAAUUGCAACUUGCUAUUGACAUUUAUGAUCGAAUGAUUGCUGCAGGUGUGCCUCCAUCCCUUCAGACAUAUAACACAAUGAUUAGUGUAUUUGGCCAAGGAGGGAAGUUGAGCAGGGCUAUUGAGAUGUUCAACGAUGCACUAGCAUUGAGUCCUUCAAUAGAUGAGAAGAUAUACACCAACAUGAUGAGCUACUAUGGAAAGUGGGGUAGGAUACAAGAUGCAUCCUUAUUAUUUAGCAAGAUGAAGGAAGGUGGAAUUAAACCUGGAAAGAUCAGUUACAACACAAUGAUAAACGCAUAUGCCACCACUGGACUUCACAGUGAAGCUGAGAGUAUUUUCAAAGACAUGAGAAGAGAUGGUCAUUCUCCUGAUUCCAUUUCAUAUCUGGCUCUACUUAGAGCAUAUACUCAGUCUCGCAGGUACGGCGAUGCCGAGAAAGUUAUUAGUAGGAUGCAGGAAGCAGAAGUAUCUCCAUCUUGUGCUCAUUUUAACCACCUCAUUUUUGCGUUCGCCAGAGAAGGCUCCAUUGGUGAUGCUGAAAGAGUUUAUAACUUAAUGAAGCAAACAGGUUUAGACCCUGAUUUAGCUUGUUGUCGAACAAUGAUGAGGACAUACAUAGAUUAUGGGUUAGUCAAUGAGGGAUUAUUUUUCUUUGAAUCAACUAAUGGUAUGAUAAAGCCUGAUGGUUUCAUCUUAAGUGCUGCUGUUCAUCUUUAUGAACAUGUAGGGAAGCCAGCUGAAGCAGGGAAAGUUCUAGAUAUUAUAAAUCUUGAGGGGUUGUUGUUCCUCAGGAGCCUAGAAGUUGGAUCAAAGCUGAAAAGAUGACAAGUUCUUCUCUUUCCCAUUCGCUAUCAAAAAUCUUGCACUUGGUGCCAAGGAAUAGAUGCAAUGAUCCUGCAUGAGGUAGAACUCUUUGUUAAUCGUCUUUCCAAGUUUCUGCGAUUAAUACAACACAUGCUUCCAUUGAGCUUGGCUUAGGUGGAAUGUGACUGCUUUUAUGAAGUUGAGUAUUGUUUAGGAGAAAAUAGAAAAAGAAAAACGCCUUAAAGAUAAGCACUGCCUCUGCACAAGUUUGCGUUUCAUUUGGGACGGCUUUCUUAUUGCUUCUCAAAGAAAUUUUUUUUAGUAUAAAAAUUUUCUUUUUUGUAUUUGAAAUCUGCUUUAAGCAACAGCAAAAAAGAUAUCCCAAACGAAGCGAUCUGAGACUAAAAUGGUGUUUCAAAUAUAUCAGCUGGCAUUGUGGAUGUAAUGUACAUUGAAGAGAGAAAAUCCUAAAAGCAAAAUAGUUCUUCAGGAAGUUCAGAUGAGCAUUGUUUUUU